UGCCAAAAGCAGGAAAACCAGUUAAGAGCCUCACAGAACACACCGGAAAAACCGCCGAGUAACGAUGCUUGCCAUGGAGAGGUCUGCCAGCUUUGCUCUGGUGUUUUUGGCCAUCUCCAUGCUCAUUUUGUGUAAUCCCGCGGAAGCAUGGUACAAGCAAGCCACCGGCCCAAGCUAUUACUCCGUGGGCAGAGCGUCUGGUUUGCUGUCGGGAAUCCGGAGGUCGCCAUACAUCAGGAGGUCCGAGUCCGAGUCGGUGCCUGAUAGCGGAGAGUCCACCGAAAACAACGUGGUCCCUGAGCUGGCCAUUCGAAAGAGCCCAGUCCUGAAAAACAUGGCUGUUUGUGUCAAAGACGUUUCCCCGAACCUGCAGAGCUGCGAGCUGGUGCGGGACGGCACGAGCGUGUUUCAGUGCAAAGGGGACGUGUUCCUGUCGCUCGACUCGCAGGACUGUCUUAGCGCCUAAGCAGCGGCUUCCGCGUCACUCUGAGCACAAGUCUCUCCCCCGGGAGACCUCCGCGCCACGAGAAAACAGCAAUGGACCGAUGACAUUGAAUGUUUCUAACGUUAAUUUAAACGCAACAACAUUAAAAACUAGACCACGGUAUGCGCAAGAAAUGUUCAUGUUUAACUCCUGUCCCUCACCUACCCAUCAGUUCUCCCUCUGUUUCUACUGCCAGAAGUAGCAAAUCAUAAACUGUUCACUGCUGAACAGAACUA